AUGACUACGGUGUAUGAUAAGCGGCUUUUGCUGUCCGAUGUGCUUGCUGGAUUAACUGUUUCAAGUCUUCAUGUCCCUCAAGGUAAUCACACAAAAGCUCAUGAGGAAAAUAACGUUUUCAAAGGUAUGGCAUAUGGACAGCUAGCUGGUUUGAAGCCAAUCAAUGGAAUCUACACAUCAUUGUUUCCUGCAAUGGUUUAUAUCUUAUUUGGCACAUCUCGGCAUAUUUCUAUCGGUACAUUUUCUGUGAUGUCUUUACUGGUUGCCGAACCUGUGGAUCGAUUAGCGGAGACAUUUACCCUUAGCAAUCAGACGAUGACAAACUCCCAGACAGCAGUGGAUGAUUAUCGCCUGGAGGUGGCAAUCACGGUCACAGUCGUUGUUGGAAUUAUUCAGUUUAUCAUGGGACUUUUUCAUCUCGGUUUAUUGGUGGUUUACAUAUCACCGGCUAUACUCGGUGGAUUCACGUGCGGAGCUGCUAUUCACGUCUUCGCCAGUCAACUGAACGGUCUCUUCGGGAUUCGAUUGCAACGAUUCAUUGGACCAGGGAGAUUGUUAUUUCUUAUUUUGGUUACAGCCAUUUCCCAUUUUGCAAAUUUACAUGAGAAGUACGGUGUGGCAAUUGCUGGGAAGCUUCCAAAAGGAUUACCAGAGCCGAAGAUUCCUGAUUUCUCCAUUGUUACUCAUGUAUGGGUUGAGUGCGCAAUUGCUGCUUUCGUCUCUUUGGCGACCACAAUGUCUGUCGUGAAGCUUUAUGCAACGCGAUACGCGUAUUCCGUUGAGUACACCAGGGAAAUGUCAGCUCUGGGUUUGGCAAAUAUUUUCGGUGGAUUUUUCCAGUGCCAUGCAUGUUCUGGGGGUCUUGCACGAACUAGCGUGGCUGUCGGAGCUGGUAUGCAAUCUCAGAGCACCUGGAUUGUGGCCUUCUUAGCCACGGUACUUGUGGACAUUCCAUACGGACUUCUCAUUGGGCUGAGCUACUCUCUAAUCACCAUUCUAUACCGAACACGUUCUUGUGAAAGACGUAUUCUGGGUCGUGUUCCUGACACCAACGUCUAUUUAGAACAAAAGUAUUUCGAGGGAGUUGAAUCUAUACCCGGUAUCACAGUAUUGCAAACCGCCGGCCCGAUUUACUACGCGAAUGCGGAGGCAUUUCGCAACUGGCUGAUUCGAUCGACUGGAGUCNAAAAGACCAACACCAGAGAUGGUCCAGAAAAUUGUCGAAGUCGAUGGCGUAUUCCUUCGCUUGGGCGUUGUUGCCCACAGCGGGCUGCUUGCCUAGGAAAACGAUCCGAGCGUUCAGAAUGCAGUGUGCGGCAAAAAAAGGAAUGUGAAACUGAACUGAAAUGGGUAAUAAAGAAAUACAAGGAAUCUCAAAUCAAUGUUCUGUUUUGUCAUUGUUCCUGGAAUGUUUGGAACACACUGGUGAAUGGCGGAUUCGAUGCUGCGGCGCUCAACAAAAUCAGUUUCCCCACGAUUCACGAUGCGAUCGUGUUUGCCGAAGCAACCCAACGCAUGACGCCCGAGUACAGACAGUCGCUUACGGAAAACACAAAGGGACUGGAUGCGGUUCAGAACAUAGACAGGUUUUGA